CCCAUCACCUUAUUCUAUAGGCGUGUAGGCGGAACUUCCUGUACAGGACUGCAAGUAUUAGUCCAACAUGGCGGUUGUGUUGCUCGCUUGAGAGUGUAGUUGAAACCGCGGAUAAGUUAAGAGAGUUAAAGUCUAUUUCAGUGGCAGAAAGUAGAUUAAAAGAGAUUAGUGUGGACUACAGGUAUCAGAAUUUGGAAAUGAAAGGGAAAGAGCGGUCACCGGUGAAGAAACGCUCCCGCGCGCCAGAUGAAAGCAGAGACCGAGGAGGAAGCCACCCGGGCAGCAAGAAGAUCGGAGCCCUGUCAACCGCUGCCGGCAACAACGGCAACGUCUCUGCUCAUCCAGGCGCUUCAUCCAGGAGAAGUGUACACAGUGAGAAAAGAGACAUGAGGGAUUUAGACGGACAUAAUUCAUCCAGUCGGACUAGCAGCGGCUACGACUACGGGAUUGUUCCGGGGAACAAGCCGUACAGCGGCGCUGACGUCGACGCGGAAACAUCCAGGUCCGGUUCACGCAGCGACCUGCGGCCUCCGUCAACCCCAGAAAAUGAGUACAAGACUCUCAAAAUAAGUGAACUGGGCAACCAGUUGAACGACGAGGAGAUAGAAGAUGGACUGUUUCACGAGUUUAAGAGGUUUGGUGACGUGAGUGUUAAAAUUAGCCGAGAAAACGACGAGAGGGUGGCGUAUGUAAACUUUAGGAGGCCUGAAGACGCCCGUUCGGCCAAACACGCCCGCGGGAAGCUAGUGCUGUACGACCGGCCUCUGAAAAUAGAGACCGUUUACACGAACAGACGCAGAAGCCGCUCCCCUGUUUCAAAGGAUAAUUUCUCCCCAGGACACAGACAUCUCCACUCUCAGAGACCUCUGUCUCCCACUGGCAUGGGGUACAGAGGCUACCGGUUACAGCAGCUGGCUCUGGGCCGUCUCCCCCCCCCUCCUCCUACAACACCUCACAUAAGAGACCUGGAAAGAGAACGAGAUUUUUCUGUGUAUGAUGCCAGGAAUAGACCCCCGUUCGUCCCUGACUGUGCUGUUUUCCGUGAUGAGGACCUAAUGACCCCUGAGGAUGACCAGAGGGCAAACCGGACUCUGUUUCUGGGCAAUCUGGACGUCAGUGUGACAGAGAGUGACCUGAGGAGGGCGUUUGACAGGUUUGGGGUGAUAACAGAGGUGGACAUAAAGCGGGCAGUGAGAGGCCAGAACAACAACUAUGGAUUCAUUAAGUUUGAGAAUCUGGACAUGGCUCACCGUGCCAAAGUAGCAAUGUCAGGGAAAGUAGUGGGCCACAACACAGUUAAAAUUGGCUAUGGAAAACCCACACCCUCGACCAGGCUGUGGGUGGGGGGCCUUGGACCCUGGGUUCCACUUGCUGCACUAGCCAAAGAGUUUGACCGCUUUGGCACCAUCAGGACUAUAGACUACAGGAAAGGUGAGGUGUGGGCUUACAUCCAGUAUGAAAGUUUGGAUGCUGCUCAGGCUGCGUGUACUCAUAUGAGAGGCUUCCCUCUUGGUGGCCCUGACAGAAGACUCCGGGUGGACUUUGCGGAGACAGAUCAUCGCUACCAGCAGCAACAGCAGCCGUAUGUGCAGCUCCCCCUCCCACUGCCACACUAUGACUUUGCUCCUGAGCCCUUUGCCCACCGCCUUACAGACUCAGUGAGAAUGAGGGAGAGAUCUCCUCCACUUCUUUCUCGCUUCAGAGACAGGGAUCUGUACUCCAAUGCUGAAUGGUCUGGCAUGGCUGUCCAUGACAGGAUGCGAGGAGCAGGCUUUGAUCCCAUAGAUCGCCUGGACAGGCGUUCCCAUGAGACCUGGUCAAUAGAGCGUGAGCGUGAGCUACAGGGCCGAGAUCUAAGCCGCAAAAGGAGACAUUUAGAUGAUGGCAGCCGGCUGGAUCAUUCACCUGACAACGCUGACUUUGGCCUGCGUCGUCAUGGCAGCUCCUUAGAACGCAGCCCCGGUGAUGGGGGACGCUGCAGUGACCCUGAACGCCUACCUCGCUCCGGCAGAACCUCCCCCGUUAGAGAGCGCCAGAACGCUGGCUUUGGAGACAAGAGAAGAAAAACACUUAGCCCGGCUGCGCCAGACUCUGAGAAGGACCGCAAACGCAAAACCAGUGACCCAUCUAAGAGCCCAGCGAGGAAGGAGGAUCGCUUAGAACCUCUGUCCUCCUCCUUCAAGUCUGGCCAGCAGUCUAAGCCGGCAGCUGGAGGACAGAAGCUGAGUCAGGUCUGGCAGGGCGUCCUCCUGCUGAAGAAUAGCAGCUUUCCCACAUCACUGCACCUUCUGGAAGGGGACAUGGCAGUGGCUACCAGUCUGCUGUUGCAGGGCUCUGCGGGGGGUCAAGCGUCCCAGUUGAAGAUCAGCCAGCGCCUGCGCCUGGAACAGCCCAAGCUAGAUGAAGUUUCUCGUCGCAUCAAGGCCGCUGGCUCCAGCGGAUACGCCAUCCUCCUGGCCGUGCCCGGGAAAUCUGAAGAUGGAGGGAUCCAGGACGCCAGCAGCUCUGCCGAGAGACCACUGAAGAACCUGGUGUCCUACCUGAAGCAGAAGGAGGCGGCCGGCAUCAUCAGCCUCUCUGUUGGGGGCAGCCGUGACAAGGACCACGUAGGAGUCCUUCACGCUUUCCCCCCAUGUGAGUUCUCACAACAGUUUGUGGAUGCUUCUGCCAAAGCCUUUGCCAAAUCAGAGGACGAUUACUUGGUGAUGAUUAUUAUCAGAGGAGCGUCAUAAAAAAAAAGAAAUCUGAAUUGUUCUUUUCACACUCAUGAACUGUUAAACUGUGUGUUGCAAACACAGGGAGAAGUAAUGAUGGCAAAACAGAAUAACAAAACAACUGUGAUCUGAUUUUAAGUUUAUAGAAAUGAAUGUCACAUUGAAUUUAAUACAUGUUGCUAAAUUGUGUAAUAAUAAUUCAGGUGACACACUGCUUUCUGCUAUUUAGUUGUCAGAGAAAUGUUAAUCACUAAAAGGGUACUCUGCUUAAAGUAGCCUAAUUCAGAGCAAGCUACAGUUCUGUGAAUCAAUACUAUAUGUUGCCAUAUCGCAUUUAUACUAGGACACAAUUCCUUAAUACGAUGACUGCAUAUAACAAAAAGAGUUUAAGAUCCAAAUCAGAAUAUUUUGCUUUCAUUUGAUCUGUACUUGGCAUAUAUUUAACUGGCCAGUGUCAACCCCUUUAUUUAGUGCUAUAAUGUUUGUACAGCCAGCCCAUGAAAGAAACUCAUGUACAUAUGAUUUAGGAAAUAUAUCUAUUUGCUCUAAAGCUUUACCCAUUGCUCAUUAAUAGGCAUAUUCCAGAUGUGCAUCUGUAUUACUUUUUGCUGACCAAGUAAACAUUUUGAUUGAAAGUUUCUUUAUAACAACUUUUCUAUUUUUGUCAGCUUUGGCCAGUCCUGCUUAAAGCUAAAGAAUAUUGUGGAAAUAAAUUGUGUUACAGGGCACUUAAGGACAUAUAGGGUUAUAGGACAAUAUAUAACAUAAAUAUCAAGGCUCCUUGCAGAGCCACAUCUGGAGGUUUAUGUGACAUUACAAGGUGAAAUGAAUACAGUUUUUCCUGCCUGUUUUUCACAGUUUUCUCUGAGAACGGGCAGAUGCAUGUAGGGAUGGACACAAGCAGCAAUCACCUCUACUUUAUAAUCCAGUUCAAUACAAUCGCUGUGCAAAGAACACUGUCUUUUAUAAAGCUAACUCUGUUCAGUGUUUGUUGAAGUAAAGUUAGAAAAUCAGCUUUUAAGUUCUAUUUCUCAUCUCAAAGGGUUGUAUUGAACUGCAUAAUGUUAUAGGCUAAUGUUUAUGGCUGGAAACUAAUGCUUAUUUUCAUUAUUUAUUAUGUGGUCUAGAAAACAUCAGAAAUGAUGUUUUCAUUAUCUUUAAAAAGCUGUGUAUGGUCUUACCAACAGUCCAAAACCAAAAGAUAUAAUUGAUUAACCAAUUAUCUAAAUGUUUGCAUAUUCAUUAUCAAUUGUUUUUAUACAAUACCAUUCAAACUUUAGACUGGUACUGUGAUUUCAGCUCUAAAUAUCAUUACCCUGGAGUGUCUCGACAAAACUGAAAGCUGUUCAGAGGAAUUACAAGUCUGUUGUUUCGACUUCCAUUAUAUUAUACAGAGCUGCUGUUGUGCCCACCCCUUUUAUAUUGUACUUUUACUGGCAUCAUAUCACACGGUAAUUGGUUGAUUGAAAUAGUCAUUAUGUUAUUAUAUUUUAUGUUUAUGUUCUAAGCCACUAAUUACAAAAGAUGAUGUGACCUAUAAAUUAAGAGCUCUAUGUAUGCCAUGCACGAUGACUAUAAAAUAUUGCUAUACUAUCAGUGGACUUGUGAAUGAAAGAGGAGAGAAGACCGAUCUCCAAUGGCCUUACACGCCUUCUUCUGAAGGGACUGUUUAAUUGAUUUUCAUGCUUUGGUUUGAGUACUGUGUUUCAAAUGGAAAAAAAGAAAUAAUUUGUGCUGUGUACUCAGGAUUUCUGGAGAGAGAAAUGGAAUACAUCAGUACUCAUGGGCCUAAGAAGUAUACCUAACUGUCAAAGUGCAACAUGCACUUGAUAGAUUUUGUCUCAAUAAAUUUACUCUUUCGUGGGAAACACAAGUGCUUCGGAAGACAGCUUUUGUGACCUUUUCUGUACUUGGAAUUGUCUAUCCAACUCUAAAGGCGUUAUCACUUUGACAGCAGGAGCCUUUCCAACAGACAGGAGAGGAAGUGUGAGAAUCAAUGGGAGCUGAGCUUCUCGGUUCUGUGUUUUCAUUUUGUCGAUCAUCAUUUGUUGAAUGACUUCUUUGUGAAGAGCUUCAUUCAGAUUGAAAUUCGGCCAAACUAAAAUACUUUUUUUUUCAGUCCGUCUGCAAAGGCAAAUCUAGAGUCACUGUGUCUCUUCAGAGAUGUGGCUUAUUCCUCAGUCGCCUCUGGCCUGUUGUAUCUGGAGGUGUGGCUGAGAACCAUCUGGUUUGUCACUCGCCAAGUUUUGCCAAAGUCACCGGGGUCUCGUUCAUCUGAGCCUCUCAGCGGAAGCCCGCUAGGCCCCCGGUCUUCCUCUCGUCUGGCUCCAGCAGCACAGAGUAUGGUUUCAGCAUCUGCAGCAGCUCAAGAAAGGAGCAGAGUUCAUUUGUGUAGUUGCUUAUUGUUCUUGCAUUGGAGUUUUGAAGAAGAUCUCUGCUAGGGCCAGACUUCGAAUGUGUCUCAUCCUGUGUCGGAGAAGAGGUUGAGACUGUGACACAGCGUCUGCUUUGUGUGCCUUUUUAAAAUGGAAAGGAAACUCAACAGAAGAGAAAAGAUUGCCAAACUCCUGUGCAGGGAAUCAUAAUCUUUAGUUGACCUGUUGAUCUGAUUUACAUACCUUUUUUAACUGCAUAUGAAAGCAAAGUGAAGAGUAUCCUGCUGUCAUUGAGUCAGGAUGUAUAUCAUCAAGACGGUGCUGUUCCUGCUCAUCGCAGCUUCAUCUCCAAACUAAAGGGACCUGAGCAGCUUCACGUUUCCACACGGAGCCUCUACCGCGAUUCAAGGUUUCCUGGAGCUGUAAAAGGUUUGAGUCUCCCCCUGGCUGGACCUGCUCCUGUCUCACAGGUAAAGUAUCAAGAUGGUCCAAACUCCUGACUUGGGUACGUAUUAAAAUGUGUACGACAAACACACCAGGCCUUGUUUGAUAAAGCUGGUUGGAAGGUAAAGAAGAGAUCAUCAAACUGACUUACAGUGUAAUGUCCUUGAGGUAAAUAGCCAACCAACGCACAGCUUUUGUUAAGAUUGUCAGACAAUUUAGAAAGACCAACAACAUUUUUGAGGUCUUUGUUCAUUAAGAAAAUAUCCUGUCAGACGGUGCUUACAGUAGGACUGCUGGGGCUUUUUGCAGACUCAACCAUGGGUAUAUUUUGUCUGGUUUUAUUUGUGAAAAUACAAGUACAUUUUAAAGUGUCGGUCACAAAUACACCAGCAAUUUGUGCAGCAACUGCUGUAGCUCUCAGCAUCAAAGACAGCUUCACAAGUGAGUCCUUAAAUAAUUGUAGCAAAUGUUCAUUUUGUAAGGCAAUCAUGUGUUUUACAGUAGUUGCUCUAUGAAAAAUGUAAAAUGUAGUUACCUUUCGCCAUUGGUCUUAGCUUAUUGUAAAUGAGUAGCAACAAAUGCAAACUUGUAAACACAAAAGGCCAAAUGGUCUGUGCUUGAAUAACUGAAACAUUAGCUACUGCAAAAUAAUGUUAAGUAUACAACAAUAUUACUUUAUAUGCCACACAUGGUAAAAACACAUGGUUAGCAAAUAGGAAGAA